AUCAAAUACUCAAAAAAAUGCGUCUCAACGUCGCUUUCAUCUUAUUGGCCGGUUUGACCUUGGUUGUCGCUCAAGAUAACCACUCAUCUUCCGGCUCUGCUCAAGCAAGCGCUUCUGCAAGUGGUGCUGGUGAUGCUAGCGCCAUGAUUGCAAGCUUGCCAAAAUGCUUCACAGAAUGUGCUACCAAGUCUGCUACUUCUGCUACUGUCGGAUGUACAGGAUUGACUGAUAUCGGUUGCGUUUGCUCAAAGCCAGCAUUCAUCAACGCAACAAUGGUUUGCAUUACCUCUUCCGGUGGAAAUGAAUGUGGUCAAUUGGCUCAAAACCGUACAGCAUUGGCACAAGGCCAAGAAGUCUUCACAAGCCUUUGCAAAGCAGCAGGUGCAGCAUCUAAUAGCAGCUCAAGCGGUAUGGCAGGUAUGACAGGUAUGACCAACGGAACCUCCAGUACUGCAGGUGGUGCUUCAGGUACCUCUUCUUCAGGUAGUACUCCAGCCGCUGGUCACAACGGUGCUGUUAUGCAACAAGUUGCUACCGGUUCAAUCGUCUUGACCGCUCUCUUGGCCGGUGCAGCCACUUUGUUGUAAUCAACAGAUACGUCAUACCAAUACAAAAACAUGUCUAAUAAUGUUUAUGUUUCAACGCUUUCCCAAUAUUCCCUUCCCCCUUUCUCCAUCUUUAUUCAAUCAUCCCCCGUAACUCAUGUCCAAACCUUAUAUAUCCAUCUCUCCUGCUCUCCCAAUAUUACGAUUAUGACUUAAGCC